GCAAGAAGCCACACACACACACAUUGGAGGGAACCCCAUCAGCUGUGGGAAGCAACACAGCUUGAACUUACUUUUAUUUUUCUAAGUCUAUUCUUCAGAUUUCCAGAUUUUGAAGCUUUAUUUUAGAUAUGCGCCAUUGAGGAGUAAAGCGAGAGCUCUGUGCUGAAAAAAAGUACAUCAUUAUAUGUUAACAAGGACAGCAGUGGAGGAAGAAAAAAAAACAGAAAACACGGACUACAGAAGGUGGCUUUGAAGCAUGGAAUAUUUCAUGAUGCCGACAGAGAAGAUCCCGUCCUUACAGCAUUUCAAGAAGACAGAGAAGGAUGUUAUUGGGGGUCUCUGCAGCCUGGCCAACAUCCCCCUCAGUCCAGAGACAGCCCAGGACCAGGAGAGACGAAUCCGCCGUGAGAUCGCCAACAGCAAUGAACGCCGGCGCAUGCAGAGCAUCAACGCGGGCUUCCAGUCCCUCAAAACACUCCUGCCCCAUACAGAUGGAGAGAAACUCAGCAAGGCGGCCAUCUUGCAGCAGACAUCAGACUACAUCUUUGCCUUGGAACAGGAAAAGACGCAGCUCCUGGCACAGAACAACCAGCUCAAACGCUUCAUCCAGGAGUUCAGCGGCUCAUCACCCAAGAGGAGGCGAGCCGAGGAGAAGGAUGAAGGAAUUGGCUCUCCCGACACCCUGGAGGAGGAGAAAGUGGAGGAGGUGAGGAGGGAGAUGUUGGAGCUGCGACAGCAACUGGACAAAGAACGCUCGGCUCGUAUGCAGCUGGAGGAAACGGUGCGAUCUCUGGACACCCAGCUGCAGCCAGAGCGUCUGAAGGUGAUCACUCAGCAGGUGGAGGAGGAGCAGGCGCUCAUCCAGAGCCAAACGCUGCUACGGCUGCAGCAGAUACACGCUGCUGACAGACAACCACACAGUCCGCAGGUGCUGGCUCCUCCCACUCCCCCUGCCCCGACCCACCACCCCACGGUCAUCGUUCCUGCCCCGACACUAACCCAGCACCCCCACCAUCACGUCACCGUGGUGACCAUGAGCCCGUCUGUCCACACCAGCACGGUGUCCACAUCCAGACAGAACCUGGACACUAUUGUGCAGGCCAUCCAGCACAUCGAGCGCGCUCAGGAGAGAAGAGCGAGCGCCGAGGAGGAGCAGAGAAGAGCCGUCAUCGUCAGCCCCGCCCACGUCGCCAUGGACACCGCCUGCUCGGACACAGACACCGACACAGAGGGCGAGGACUGCUCGAUGAACUGAUCCACCCCAUGAACUCACAUACACACACAAACACUUAAAAAUACCUACUCACUGUAAGAUUCCCUCCAGGAGCUCGACUACUUAAAAAAAAAUCUUUCUUUGGCAUUAUCCAAACUCCUAAAUCCAGUGGUUAAGCUCUGUGUCAGUCUUGUACUGUAAAAUCUCUGAAGAUUGAAAACAUAGGAUGGUCAGCGUGCAGAGGAGGCCCUGUGGGAUUUUUUUUUUCAAUGUCAGAGCCGGUCUGUGGCUACUUGAAAACUUGAGGGUCUCCUGGUGUAAAAAAGCUCUCAGCAUCAGUCCGUCCUUCACGUGUGUUUAUGUGUGCUACAUACAGUCGCAGUAUCACAGUUAACUGUCGUCACUGGCGCGCUGACAGUAUUAUACGAUGGAGCCAGUACAGUGGAGAGUUGAAUGUAACAAUGACACAAUAAGCAAGCAGCUCUUGAUUCUGAAGAGCUGCAGUUAUUUUUUUCCCAGUCUUAAUUAGUUUGUUUUUUCUUUGUUUGCUGGUUAGUGAGGUGAUAUUCUCACGCGAGCGGCCACAAAACUCAACUUAAACUACAACAGAAGGCAUUUUCUAAAUUAAAAAAAGUUAGGGACAAAUUCAAACUUAAUUGCAGAUUAAUUUGAGGAUAGGUGUUGAAUGAAAUUAUGUCUGAUUUACUUGAAAAAAGGUUGUUUUUGAUAUCAAAUAAGCCCUUAAAAAAUAAGCUGUUGAACAAUAUACAUUGAUCGUCUUUUGAUUUUUAUGUUUUUCAUGUUUUUGUUUACUUUUUUUUUUUUGUCCGUCAGGGUUACUGAAUGUCGAAGGUGAACAUUUUGUUAUAUUGAGAUUAACAACUUAAAGUUGGAGGUUUGUCAGGUUUCCACAGAGAGCCGGAGGCCUUGAGAUGAAUUCAGAUUUAAAAGUUUUGAGCCAAUCAAAGUCGCCCCCCUUAUCUGGCGGUGAUGGUUGUUGCACCCACAACUUAAACAGUGUGGGUUUUUAAAGACGAACCAAAUGUUGGUUCAUUGCCGGAAAACAAACAGUUAGUGGCUGUUGUUCACUUUCAAUCUCAGACAAUUUGACUGAAUCAAACUUGCAUAUGAAGAUAUGUCAAGUUUGGCUGAUGUGUAAAUCUGAAACAGACCCACAUGCUCUGUUUGCAUGAAGGCUUCCGGUUUUCCUCCAAAGACUUGCGGUCUAUCUUCUGGUCUCGGUUUGUUGAUUUCAGUGACUAUGCACUAGUUUUUCGGUAUUUAUGCAAUUCCAUCUUCAGUCCAUUUGUUGGUGUCAUUUCUCCAUGAGGUGAAGUUAUCUAUGCACCGUCGAUAGGUGUGUACAUCACACCUACAGUAUGUGUGAAACCUAACAUGCUUGUAUCAAAGAAUGUAGUCUCUACUUGCAAGGUGCUCUUUGUCACCCCGGCGCUCUGCCGAUCAGCAGCGAGCCGAGGCCCGAACCCUUCGUUGUAACUUCACACUUGAUCACGUUUAUUAUUACAUGUUUUGAAUCUUUCGCAAAAAUGAUGUGCGUCAUUCCCACAUCUCGGGAUCGCUUAGAGAGUCGGGGCGCAGGGAGGAGUCGUGUCUGGUUACAAAUCACAGAAGAGUUUGUGUCUCGUUGUGAUAUUUGCUCACAAAUAUGAAAAAAAAAAUAUAUAUUGAUUCUUACUGAAUUCCAACCCAAACAGCAUCAUUUUGGAACAUAAAUUAAAUGAAAGAUCAGCAGCUUUAGUUGGAAGCACGUACUGAUUGUUUAAGUUUUCAGUGCAUCAUAAGCCACAAAAAGUGCAAAACUCUAAUAAAAAGCACUGAUGUGAACUGCAGAUCUCUCCCCAAACCCCCAUUUGUCUCUCUAAAAUGCACCAAGUCUGUCCACCUCAUGUUAUGUUGCUUAUAUUUCUCGGGAAUUUGACUGGAAAUCCCUGCUUGGAGCCUCCCUCCUGUCAUACUCGAUUGGAUACGCUGACUUGAUGCUGUAAACAUUCCUUUUAUUUGGAUUUGUAUCCGUCUUUUGAUCUCUUAUAUGUUCUGUUGCCAGUUGAAUGCAUGUUACUAAUUGCUGUUUCGUCUAAAGCGGGCUUUUGUUUUUCAAAUUUUCUUUGCAGGUUUCUUUCUGUUUUUUUCAUGACUGAUGCUUUCAGUGUGAAUCUGUCUUGUGUGAGAUGUGUGGACACUAUUCAGUCACUGACAUCAAUUUUAUAUCUGGUUAGACUAGUAUUUUCAUGCCAAACAUGGUGGGAAACUCAUAUUUUGUUUGUGAGACUUUGUUAAGGGUUUGGUGUUUUGCUGACUAAUGGUAAGCCUCAGCCUGAGGUUUGUGAUUGGUCAGUGAGAACACUUCUCCCCAGAUGUUUCUGUACAUUGUGUUGCAGCACUGCUGUCUUUUGGUGGAAUUUGAGAUGUUUGAUAUGAAGCACUUGCUGUCCUGUACUGCCUGAAUCAAUGAUGAGGAAGAAUUCUUUUUGCCAUUUAUUUUUUUGUAAACUCUUUGCUGUGACACGACUCAACAGCUGUUUAUUGUGUUCUGCUUUUCUGUCUAUUUUUUCAUCUUUCUUGUCCGGUUUUCCAUUUUUGGUGACAAGCAUUUUUUUUAAAUAUUUUUGUGAUUUUUGUUUUUGUUAUUUUUCCCAUCAGUCCAGGUCGAUGAGAAGCUGUUAUAUUUUGUUUAUAAAAACUUGGGUAAACAGGCCUUUGUAAAGAGGAAAAAAAAAUAAAAUUUGUACUUUUUUUAUUACA